AUGUUCCUCCCGUUCUCUCACAUCUUACUUUUCUUGACCAUCUACUACUUCAGUUUCGUUCUUUUUUGCUUUGAUUUGGUGGUUCUGGUCCAGAGACCUGCCGCGGCGAUGUUUCAGCGCCUCCGCGACGCCAUCGACUCUCGCAUCACAGAGGAACAAACCCGUCAGAAGUCUACUCAGGAAACCGUCUCUCGCUCCAAUUCCGCUCGCCGUCCCCCCGGCCGCAACCCCUCCCCGAGACGGACCCGUCCCCGCAGAAAUACAAACACCCCUGUCCGCGGCCCUGACCCAAAGGAAUUCGAGGCGGAAUUUGCCAUUGGGGAGGAUGAGGAGUCUAGUCGUUCUGCCACCCCACAAGUCGGGACACCGGAUGCUUCCUCAGAAGUGACCACGUCAGUGGAAACUGAUGGUGCGGAGCAGCCAGAUGGGCAAACAAAGCCCGAUACGACCGACAAGGGAACCACAUCGCCGUUAGAAAUAGAGGGUAGUAAAGCGGUCACACCGGAUUUGCCUGUGGAGGUGAAGGCAAAACUCCGUAGGCUGGAUAAGCUCGAAUCUCGAUAUCAUGAACUUCUUAAAGCCUAUCGUGUGGCACACUCACGUGUCCUUUCCAUCGAGCCUUUCGAAGCGGCACUCCGCGAAAAUACCCCUCUUGCCUCGAUCGGUGAACCGAAGGCACUGACCGAGUAUCUCAACCAGAUGUCGUUGAAGACUGACAUGGUUCUGGAUGAACUCAAGCGUGUAACAACGGACCGAGAUGAUUACAAGAAGAAAUUGGACGAGGCGCAAAAGUCCACUAAGGAGGCAUUGGAUGAAGUUGCUGGUCUGAAAUUAGAAGCAGCCUCCAAAGAGGAAAAGAAGUCGUCAGAGGCGAAAGAUGAGACUAGUGAGGAUUUCUUCUCAUUUGACAAUGAAGUUCCGCGACUGGAAGGCGAACUGAAAGAACGUCAAGAAGAAGUGGAGACCCUCAAGACCGAAGUAAAGGAGCUUAAAAUUGAUCUUUCCGUUGCUCGAGAGUCAACGGAAGGAAUGGUUCAGAAUCUGGAGUCAUCUUCGCGAGAUCUGGCAGAGCUGCGCGAUGCAAAGGACAAGUUGGAUGCUGAGGUCAAAGAGCUGAAGACCUCUAAGCAGACAGAUGUUGAUGCCCUCAAGACGAAACUCGAUACUGCAGAAUCAUCUCUGGAGAAGACAUCUGCGGAGGUGAAGCAACUGAAGACCGAUCUGAAAGAAAAAGUGAAUGAGAUCGAGAAACUACAGACCCAAGCAUCCAAGACUGAAAACGCGGAGGCGACGAAGUCAGACUCAGAGCUGGUUUCACAAUUGGAGCAAGCUAAAAAGGAGAAAGACUCCAGCGAAAAGCGACUAGGAAUUCUGCAGGGCUUGGUUGAUAGCCUUCGGAUUCAGCUUAAGGAAAGCGAGUCGACCUUGUCUGAACUGAAGACCGAGGCUAACAAGAACACUGCAAGCUCCACCGGACUGCAGAACAUCAUAGAUUUCGUUGAUGAGAGCCUUAAGGACAAUGCUGCUUGGAAGUCAGCCAAGGAGGAUGUCUCUGCCGGCCGGAAAGCUGAUUUCGAGGAGAUUCGCAGGAGCCUUGCUCCGGCUGAGAAGGAGGAGGCUGCCGAGCCUCUUGUCGCUUCAGAGAAGACAUCCCAGCCUGCCGUCGCAUCUGCAGGUGGAGCAGGAGGCAAGAAGAAAAACAAAAAGAAGAAGAAGGGAGGAAAGCCUGAAGAAUUACCCAAAUCAGCCGAGCCAAAAUCAUCAACAGAGCCUGCCAAGGAGGAGCCAGCACCGACUUCUGUGGAAGUUGAAGAACUCAAGCAAAAAAUCGAGGGUCUGAAUCAGACAUUGGCAGAAAAGGAGAGUGCCAUCGACCGUCUCAGCGCCAAACUAAAAGGAGAGGAGGAUUUGAAGGAAGAAAUCGAAUCUUUGCGUGAUGACAUUGUCAAUCUGGGACAGGAACAUGUCGAGGCAAAGGACAAGAUCAAGGAGCUUACAGCUGAGAAAUCUGCUUUGCAGGAGACAGUUGACAGGCUAGAGAAGGAGCUUGCUGAAAUUCGCACCAUUAGUGCCUCUAGCAGCGCAGACUCGGAGAAGUUGCACAACAGUCUCAAGGAAGAGUUUGAGCGUCUAAAGACCCGAUCAGCGACGUUGGAAACAGACCUGUCAGCUACACAACAACUAGCCACCACUCGGUUCAAGGAUCUGACCGACUUGCGGGAAACCCUCCAAAAAGUCCAACCAGAACUACGUACUCUUCGCGCGGAAUCAUCGGAGCUCAAGACUUUGAAAGAAACGCUUAACAGCAAGAACAGCGAGCUGAGGAGUCUUGAAUCUAAGCACGACGAUCUGCGUGCGGAGCUAAAGACAGCCAAGACCAAGUUCUCAGAACGUGAUACAGAAGUUAACAUCUUGAACAAAAAGAUCCGCCAGGAAACUGACAACCGUCUCAAGGCCGAGGAAAACCUGACAGUUGCCCAAUCAGAACAGCGAACGACCGAGGCACGGAGAAAGGAAGCUAUCAGUGCCAGAGAGAGGACUGCUGCUGACCUAAGCAAGGCACAAGAUAAUCUGAAGGCUUCUCGUGUGAAGGUCCGCGAGAUGGAGGAGCGCAUGUCCCAGCUGAACAAAGAUCUAGAAGGUCUUCGGGAGGAGAUUCAACUGAAGACAGCGCAGUCUUCCAGUGCGCAAAAUUUGAUGACCAACAUGCGUGAUCAGACCGCAGAAGUGGCAAUGCAGAUGAAGGAGGCCCGCGAGAAAUGUGAGAGCCUAGAAGAGGAAUUGGCUGAUGCUCAUCGUCUAUUGAGUGAGCGGACGCGUGAGGGAGAAACGAUGCGUCGCCUUCUCAACGACAUUGAGAGUCGGUCCGAGGCCAAGAUUCGAGACUUCAAGGAGCGCAUGGAGGCAGCUGUCGAAGAGCGAGACCGUGCCGAAGAUGAGACAAGCACGCAAGGCCGCCGCCGCGCAAGGGAAAUGGAAGAGCUUAAGGCCAAGUUGCGCGAGGCAGAACGAGCGCUCCGCACCGCAGAGGAGGAUAAAGAAGAGCUACAACAUACGCAGAAGGAUUGGCGCCGUCGCCGCGAGGAACUGGAGCUUCUCUCUGAACGAUCUACCCAAGAAGUUGCCGAGGUUCGGCAGGCAAUGGCCAGCCUUCGAGAGGCGCUGGACGCAAGCGAGAAGCAAGUUCGCGACCUUGGGAAAGAGAAAGCAGAGCUACGUCGCUCUGUCGAAGAGACUAAUAAUCGACUCGAAAAGCUUCGUCGAUCCCACAAGACUCUUGGCGAAGACGUUCGUCUUCGUGGACUGGAGUCUGGUCGCCAGUCAUCGAGGUCAUCGCUUGACUCUGGCUCUCGCAAGGGUGUUAUCUCUCCUUCCCGCCAAGGGCGCAGUGUAUCUACUCGUCGGAGCGAGACUCCCCCUGACGCUGCAGCUGCAGGUGCAGGAUCUGUAAGUAGUCCUUCCAUUGACUACAUGUACCUAAAGAACGUCUUGCUCCAAUUCCUGGAGCAGAAGGACAAGGGGUACCAGAAGCAGCUGAUCCCCGUCUUGGGGAUGUUGCUCCAUUUCGACCGAACCGAUGAACAGAGAUGGAUGUCGGCUAUCAUGUCUAGAUGA